CCGCUCAGGCAUCCGGCUGUCGGUGCUAUCCGGAGUAGUUCCAAACACAACCAUGACACUAACGGGAUCAUUCCGAACGAACAAACCUAACCUAACCGUUGCUACUAAGCGAUGCAUCCCCGAAGCAUUAUUCGAUAUCGCUCUCCUCUCCGCCAAUGCUUCUCAAUUAAAAUAUCUGCUGCAAAAUGAUAAGAAAUUUUUAUUCUAUCCGAUGAUAGUUUUAAUUUCGCUUUCCAUAACAUUUCAGGUGGUGGCCAGCAUCUUAAUAAUCAUGUUGGGAACAAAAUGUAUGAAAGACGAGGAACAACAAAAAUCGAAACAAAAUCUCUUACCAGAAACAAGUCACAAAGUCGAGAAACAUCAAAAAUCAAUAAACACGCUCAAUAAUGUAUUGUGCGUGAUCGUUUUAAUUAUCACUGUAAUUAAUGUCCUUAUACCUACGAUCGGAAUAAAAAAUGAUUAAUCAUAAAAGGAUAAAUUUCUACCUGUUCUUUGUGGAAAAGUUAAAUUUUUUUAUUGUUUUUUUUAUACAGUACGACAAUCAAAACUGUAGAAUGACAUGUCAGAAUACGUUCAAAAGUAUUAAGAUAUACUGAACAAAUUUCAUCCAUUGUAUUAUGACAGUUAUGUGCUCUGUUUUCUCGUAAACAAUUGGCACACUUUGGUGAGUUAUGUUUGUUCUGGCAGUUUUAUAUAGAUGAUUCAUUCUCAUUACAAUGACUACACACAUUGUCUGUUGAGGUACAAUUUUUUGCUAUGUGACCAAAAGAUAAGCAUCGAUAACAUUGAGUAAUAGGAAAAAAUCAAAUACUUGACACGUCGACCAAAGAAGGUGAAUUUUCUCUGCUUUUACCAACUUCUCCCUAACCUGUGGAGAUACCUCCAUAAUCCAUGAAAAAUAAUUUUCAUUCUUUUCUUUAAGCGGAAAUCUAAUAGUAGCAUGUUCAGCAAAAGUGCGAUCAGUAAAAGUUUCUAGAAAGUACAUGUUUUGCUCUAUAACUAAGGGUGCUAGGAACUUUUUCGCCAGCAAGACUGUCAGAAGUAGUUUUCCUUUGGUUAUGUAUGUACUGGAGAUUGAAUAUCCAUUAGAAUUUCUUUAGAUUCAUCAAAUUGAGCAUCUUUAAAGCCUUGUAAAUCCUUUUUAGUAAAUAAGUAUGAAAGUG